CCGGGCCCGCGGGGAGGCAGGGCGGGAGGGGAGGCCGGGGCCCGGCGCCGCCAUGCCCAAGGUGGUGUCUCGCUCCGUCGUCUGCUCCGACACCCGGGACCGCGAGGAGUACGACGAUGGGGAGAAGCCGCUUCAUGUCUACUACUGCCUGUGCGGGCAGAUGGUGCUGGUGCUGGACUGCCAGCUGGAGAAGCUGCCGAUGCGGCCGCGGGACCGAGCCCGGGUGAUGGACGCCGCCAAGCACGCCCACAAGUUCUGCAACGCGGAGGAGGAGGAGAGCGUCUUCCUGCGAAGGCCAGAAGGCAUAGAGCGGCAGUUCAGGAAGAAGUGCGGCAAGUGUGGACUGCUGCUCUUUUAUCAACACCAGCAAAAGAAUGCUCCCGUGACGUUCAUUGUUGAUGGUGCCGUGGUCAAAUUUGGCCAGGGUUUUGGGAAAACAAACAUAUAUACUCAGAAACAAGAACCUCCCAAAAAGGUGAUGAUGACCAAACGGACCAAAGACAUGGGCAAGUUCAGCUCUGUCACCGUCUCCACAAUUGAUGAAGAGGAGGAGGAGAUUGAAGCAAGGGAGAUUGCAGACUCCUAUGCACAGAAUGCAAAGGUGAUUGAGAAACAGCUGGAACGCAAAGGCAUGAGCAAAAGAAGGCUACAGGAACUGGCUGAGUUGGAAGCCAAGAAAGCCAAGAUGAAAGGGACCCUGAUUGAUAACCAGUUCAAAUGAAAUGCUGCACGUCUGCUGGGUAUUUGGAGAUGGGAGAAAGCUACCAGGAGCUAUCGCAGAUCUGUCAGCAAAGCCGAAGUAACAGACAACAUUCAAGGGCAACGUGCUACAGCCAGCUCAGAGGAUGAGUACCUCUCUGUCAUAAGCGAUACUCCGGUACCAAUUGUAAUAACUCCAAUGGCGCUGGAGACUUUGCUGAAACUACAGUUCUCCACAGACCCAGUGUUAUGAGCAAGCUGUUCCAGCCAGAAUAUUUACUUUUGGGAAACUCUUCGCUGGGUGCCAUCCGGAGUUCAGUGCACCUUUAGGUACCUGUCUUUUUAUUUUGGUGGUUUUCAAAUGUGUAAGACUUCUGCAAAUGUAUUAGAACAGUAGGUCGACUGUACAACAAAGAAAUCAUUACAAAAGUAAGCUCUGUGCCUGUUGUUCAUUUUGUUAUUUUAAAUGCGUCCAAAAUAUGCAGCAGCCUGAGAGACAUGCCAUUCCAACAGAGUCUGGAACGACUCAGAUGCAGGGCUGUCAGAGGCAGCCAGCACAGGCCUGGCUGUAGCCUUAAGUCUCAGCUCCUGCUGAACAUUGGAAAGCUGCAGUUGUGUGGAAGUACACUGCCCCAACAGAUACUGCCCGAUACAAGAACAUGACAUUCAACCCUGUUUUAAGCUACUGAAAACAAGGACUGCCUGUGUAUUAUACCAUGAAUGGGUACAAAUACAUAGUUGGAAGCUACUGAUAUGAUUGGUGAUCAUUUAAAGUGGAAUACAACUGCAUGUCUGAACUAACCCGUUCUACAAAUCAGUAUCGAUAUUUGGAGUCGUAAAAUAUGAAGGAGAAUGGUUGUGAAUGCACUGGCCACUAAGGACUUGGAUAAAGAUAAUGUUAAGAAUUGGUGUGUAAAGUACCUUGUUUGGGAAAUAGUAUUUUAUGUCUCUUGUGUGAUGCAAUAACAGUGCUCUGUAGCCCAUGUCUCUGUUGCUCUACUUGGGAUUAAAUACCAUGCUAUGGAUUUGAAUUAAAA